AUGGCCGACGAGAAGAAAAGAGAAGACUACGCCAUCGAACUCGGCGACCGGAAGGAGGGCAGCUUCGAGCGCCCACAGCCGCCCAGGAUGCCGUCUGCGCCAGCGCACAUCUCCGUCUCGAACAAUCCAAUAGUACCCGUCCUUGCAUACUGCGGCUCGUCGAUCCUGAUGACCGUGACGAACAAAUACGUCUUGUCUGGGCGUGACUUCAACCUCAACUUCUUCUUGCUAUGCGUCCAGUCUGUGGUCUGCGUUGCUGCGAUUCAGACCUGCAAAACGGCUGGAGUAAUCACAUAUCGCGACUUCAACACCGAAGAGGCUAGGAAGUGGUUCCCCGUCUCCCUCCUCCUCAUCGGCAUGAUCUACACAAGCACAAAAGCCCUGCGCUUCCUCUCAAUCCCCGUCUACACAAUCUUCAAGAACUUGACCAUCAUCAUCAUCGCAUACGGCGAGGUACUAUGGUUCGGCGGAACCGUCACCGGCAUGGCCCUUUUCUCCUUCGGUCUCAUGGUGUUUAGCUCUCUCAUCGCUGCGUGGGCGGACAUUCAGCAUGCGUUGGCCAAUUACGGUGGAUCUGCCAGUAAUGAAGCGUCUGACAAGAUCUCGACCCUCAACUCUGGUUAUAUAUGGAUGAUGUUGAACUGCUUCUGCAGCGCCGCCUACGUUCUAGGCAUGAGGAAGCGGAUCAAGUUGACCAACUUCAAGGACUUCGACACAAUGUACUACAACAACCUCCUCUCGAUCCCCAUCCUCCUCGUCUGCUCCCUCUUCCUCGAAGACUGGUCCUCGAAGAACAUCUCCCUCAACUUCCCUCCCGUCGAGCGGAACUCCAUCAUAACCGCCAUGGUCUUCUCCGGCCUCUCCUCCGUCUUCAUCUCCUACACCUCCGCCUGGUGUGUCCGCGUCACCUCCUCGACGACAUACUCGAUGGUUGGCGCGCUGAACAAACUCCCCAUUGCGCUCAGCGGGCUGGUGUUCUUCGAUGCGCCGCGCACCUUUGGGUCGGUGUCGGCCAUCUUCGUUGGCUUUGUGAGCGGGAUCGUGUAUGCGCUUGCGAAGAUCAAGCAGAACAAGGAGAAGAAGGAUACGCUGCCGACGACGGCGCCAACAAUGAGUGCGAGUAGUCAGAGUAUGAAGGAUGGGUUCAAGGCGUGA